AUUUUACAUUUUCACGAUUCCGGAUUCACUAUUUUCAGUACUUCAGUAGUAAUGCACUAAUGUCRCAGAAUAGAUUAAUGCUAAUGUCUUGUGUAAUUCAGAUAAUUCAUUAUACAUUUUAGGUUAAUCAAUAUUAUAUAUUUAUUUACAUAUUUGUUGAUUCAUGGUUUUAUUGAAAAAAUAAAAUGUCAUUUAUCAUCAAUGCUUUUCAAAGAUGUAAAGCUCUGGCUAAAUUUCAAACGCCAAUGAACAAAACGUGUUUGGGUGUGCUUCCUUGUGAUCAACAAAUCCGUAAUAAAUGGCCAGACUUUAGAAUGAAAAAAGAUGCACGGAAAAGAAACACUGUUAAAGAAUAUGGUGUAUAUAAGCUGCGCUAUAAUGCACUUCGUAAGAACAAUAUCAUUCCUUUAGAAAUUCAAGAAAUUGCUGACAAAGAAAUCUACAAUUGUCCAAGAGAUGCUAGUAUAACAAGAAUUGUACAACGUUGUCAGGUAACUUCCCGUCCUCGUGGUAAUGUAAAACGAUGGCGUUUGAGUCGAAUAGUUUUCAGACAUCUUGCUGAUUAUAACAAAUUAGCAGGUGUUCAAAGAGCGAUGUGGUAAAAUCAAAAUGAAAAAGAUUGC